CCACAUUUGAAGUGAAUCCAAUUUUGAUCCGGCAACAAUGCAGACGAUUCUCAGCUUGAGCUUAUGCCUCUUCUUAACACUUUUAGCCAGAGGGACUGCACUGCAGUGUGAAAUCUGCACAGGCCUAGGCCACAACUGUACUGGUAAGAUAGAGACCUGUCCUCCUGAUCAUGACUUUUGCGGCACCACAUUGUUUGAAAGUAAACAUGAUGACAGAUUAGUUCAUGGCAUUAUUAAGAAUUGCAUUUCAUCCAGUGUCUGUGCAGCUGGUUCUGCGGAUAUAAACUUGGGCAAUAAAGGAAGAUCGAAGAGUCAUGUUUUCUGCUGUUCGGGUGAUACUUGCAAUGCAGCCAUUGCAGCCAAAUUUUUGCCUUCAGAAGCCAAGCACAAUGGUCUGCAGUGCCCUGCUUGCUAUGCUUUGUUCGGUGACACAUGCAGUGAUGCAGACAUAGUCAACUGCGUUGGAUCUGAGUUUCAGUGCAUUGAUUUGGCUGGAUAUGUCCAUUAUGGUGAAUUGUCCCAGAGAAUUGCCAUGAAGGGUUGUGCCACCCAUUCAGUUUGCAGUGCUAGUGUCGGAGGUGCGGCAGCAUUUGCAGGCGUCAGUUCAGCGAUAACGAAGCUUGAGUGCACACCAGCUUCCAGCACAGCCAGAAUAUCUUCUGGACCAUUUGGACUCCUUCUUUCAGCAAUUGUUGGGUUUCUGCUGGUGAAGCUCUGAUCCCUUAUUGAUUGAUUGUCUUUGCUAAUGCAUUGAAUGGACAUUCUAAGAUAAGGCCUGCGCUGACAUUAGGCUCUCUCUUAGUAUAAACAGACAAAUAGGGUGACCUGCAGUUCAGCCGUUUUGUACAUUAAAGCCCGAAGCAGCAAUAUUAUGAUUUUUUAAACAGUCUUAGAUUCAAUUUAAUGAAAGAUUUUAAUUACCCAGUUUAGUUUUAUUUAUUUAAAUAUAUUAUUCACUACAAAGAUAUUGCAGUGACUGUAGCGAUGGAGCUCAAGCCCUAUCACAUUGCUAUCACAGUGAUGUUCACAAUGACAUUAAUAAA